UUUACCGAAACACGUGUGGAGUGCGGUUUAUUAUUAUUCCCGAUUUUGAAGCUCCUAUAAAUCACAAAGAAAGAUAGAAAAGCCCAAGCCAAGAUGACCACCUCGUUGGCCCAGCAGCUGCAGAAAUUGGCGGCGCCGCAGACGUCCGUGACUUUGGCGGACGCCCGCAGCAGGGCCUCCAUUCUGUUUGAUCCCAAAGAGGCGGCCACCAAGGAUCGCCGGGAGAUCUACCAAAUCGGAUUGACCGGGCUGCAGGAGCUGACCGACUUCAAUCCGGCCUUCAAGGAGUUCCAACUAACACUGUUUGACGAAGCCACCCUGACACUGGAGCGCUCCGUGGAGCUGCCGGAGGUGAACAAGCUGUUGGACGCGGCCAUUGCCAAGUUCCUGCGUCUGCUGUCCCCCUACCUGUUGCUGCGCCCCGCCCACAUGGCCUUCGAGUGGCUGCUGCGUCGCUUUCAGGUGCACGAAUACAACCGCGGCCAGGUGAUGGCUCUGAUACUGCCCUACCACGAGACCAAGACCUUUGUACAGAUCCUGCAGACCAUGAGGCUGCGCUCCUCGGAUGCCGAUUGGUUCUGGCUGCGACCUCUGCAACGCCCGGGAGUGUCUUUGGCCAAGACCGCCAUUGUCAAUCGGGCGGCCAGCAACCCGGCCUUUCUGAGCUUCAUCUGCCAAAGCACCCAGAAGGCCGUUAAAGAGCUGGGGCCCCGCGCCCACCAGCUGCAGGCUCAAAUUAACUUCUACGCCACCGUUGUGGUCGGAGCCCUCCAGACUGCCAAACCGCUGCAGGACUGGCACAUCACCACCAUCCUGGAGUCGUUGCUGAGGGGCCUGGCGUCCGAUACCAUUGACUUUAUGGCCGCUGCCUAUGUGAUCGUGGCCCAGCUGGUAUCGCGCACCAAGCUCCAGAGCAAGGUUUGCAACGCCCUGCUGGAACGUGUGGCCAACUGUCCGUUCGAACGGCUACACACCGAGUCGCUGCUCCUGCUCAUUUGCAUCUACGGCAAGCAGAAGGCCGCCGUGCCUCACUUCAAGCCGGAGACCGUGCUGAAUCUGGUUGGCCAGAAGUGGCUGAUCUCGGCACUGGCCUCGCUGGCCAAGGCCAAUGUCGCCAUUCAGUCCAUUUGCAUGCCCCUGAUGACGUGCGCCGUGGCCGCCAUUCGGGAGGAUGUGGCUGCUUCCAGCUCUUACGAAGUGUUCCUGGACAACCUUCUGUCCGAAGUGCCCAUGACCACGCCGUGCGCCCAGAAACUGAUCAACUGCUUUUUGGAUACUUUUGUGGAGACUGAGCCUAAGGCAGCCGAGCCCAUGGACACCGAUGACAACGACGACACCAUUGUCAUUGAUUCAGACGAUGAUGAGGUGGCAGCGGAGAAGACCAGCUUUCAAACCUGGUAUGCCGGUUACCUCGAAAAGCUGGAGAAGCGCUAUCCAGAGGCCUUUGACCUGAGCGUUAAGGAAGCCCUAAGGGCCAAGUCCACCACCAGUAAUCGUCAGAAGGCCUUGAAGUUGGCCUUGGGUUUCCGCCUCAACACCUCCGAUGACAAGGCGAAGCGGGCCUAUGAGAAGCUCUACCAUUACAGUGCCGACUUGCGCCUGAGUGCGGUCCAGCAGCUGCUGCUCAACCUCAAAAGCGACAAAAGGCGGGAGCGCAGUGUAAAGCUGUUGCGGGAAUGCCUUCCGGACAGAAUCAACGAUGACAGUGGUGCUGUGGUCGCCGCCGUACUCUCAUUGCCUACGGCAGAGCUGGCCGAGAUGUUGGUUCCGCUUAGCCUGACCCAGACCCUGUGCCACCUGGUAAGCCGAGCCCAAACCGAAAAGGAUGAAGAAUGGCAGCCUGUACUGGUGCUGGCAGUGCGUCAUUUGACCACCACCACUGGAAGUGGCAACUACGACGAAAAUCUGGUGCUGCUGGCCCUGAUGCCGCUGCUCUUCCCCGCCGCCGCUUUGGGGGAACACGAGCAUGCUGCUCUGGUGAUUCUGCUGCAUAGUGAGUUUGCCGGAAGAGUUCCUUUCCUCAAGGAACUGAAGGUGAGCAGCGAGUUCAAGGAUUUCAAGACCAGCGAACAUCGGCAGCACUUCCUGGACGUAAUAGCGGGCAGCAGCCAAGAGCUGAUCAGCCAGGAAAGGGGUCUGCUUCAAAGCGUUGAGGAGCAUGGAGGCACGACUUACCUGGAGAAGCCGGCCCAGCUGACGCACCUGCUGCUCCUACUGACCGCCUACGCCAAGCGGGAACUGCAGCCGUCGGAGAGCCUGCAUGUGUUGGACAAGAUUGGGCUGUACAGUCGCCGCAUCCAGUUCCGUGUGGCCAAGGCUAAUCGCCACAGCCAGGACUUUGUCCCUCUCCAACUGUACGUUGACUUUCUGCUGACCCUGGUCAAGAACACCAAAUGGACAUCACUGGCCUCGACGCCCUGGACGCAGCUUAGCGAUGAGUUACGCCUCUGCCUCCGCCUGCUGCAGAUAAUAUGUGGCCAAGUGUUCUCGGACCGUGAAGAUCCCCUAGAGCGUCAGGAGUGGACGCGAGCCCUGCAGCAGAGCCUUCAGGUGAUGCUACCCGAGGCGCAGGACAGGCUGGAACUGCUCUCCAACUUUUAUGUGUUUGAAAGCUUGCCAGAACUAUGGCCUUGCGACGCGGACUACGCCUUGUUCCGCUUGCAGGGCUUUCUGCUCCUUGAGGCUGUGCUGUCCAACCCAAAGUCUCAGCUUGACUGCAGUCUAGUGCAUGUGCUGCGAGUGGCGAACGCCUGCAGCUCCCAGCUGCAGACACUGCGGGUGCAGGCCAUCGCCACGCUGCAGUUGAUCGGCAGUCGCUGCAAGCUGGUGACCCACGUGGAGCAGCUGGUCCGAUCGCUGUUGCAGAGAAAGAGCGAGCUGAGUAUGGACCACGAGCAGUAUGCACUGAUACUCUUCACCAUCUUGGAGCCGGAGAGUGUCACGGCCAAGGAGAAACUCGUACUGUCCAAGCUGAAGAGAUCGGUUCUGGCCCUGGCCUGUGAUCCCCAACAGCCGGCCAUUUGCACGGCGUCUCUACUAAAGGCUCUAAAGCAUGUGAACAACGAGCAUUUCCUUGGCGACUUGCUGCCCCUGGGCCAUGACGCCCUGAAGAGGAUAACCAGCGGCGACGGUGAUGGUAGCCAGCACCUGAAGCAGUUGCCGUGGCCCCACAGCGAGAUCUUCAAGUCGGUCCUGGAAAGGUUCGAAGGGAAAGUAGCGGUGAAUGUGUUGCUCCAAAAACCCAAAGCUUGGGAACUAUUCGAGGCCACAUUCGCCCGCCAGGAUGUGUAUAUCCAGCUGGAACAGAAGCUCCAGCCCUUGCCCUGCGUCCUGCUCAACAGCCUUUCACCGGAGACGUUCGAGCUUUUGCAGGCCAAGCACAAGGUGGCCCUGAUCAAGCUCAUUGUGGAGGCGGCCACCCGUUCAGACAACGACACCAUUUUCCUGGCCAGCCAUCGAAUGCUGAAGCGCAGCCGCUUGGAGUGUCAACCCCUGGCGCCGAUGCUAACAAAAAUGAUUACCUUCGCCAAGCGGAAGCCACCGCAGGGCUCGCAGAUCGGGGCCAAGCGACGCAACUCAACGUCUGCCAUUCAACAACUGGACCUGACCAGUGUGCCCUGGAAGCAGGGAAUGACUCUCCUUGAGCUGCUGGAGCAUAAGAAACUGCUGAUUGGAUCGGAGCUGCUGAUUCCACCGCUCUUCGAACUCCUGCAGGCGUGCCUUACGCUGGAGGAGCACAGUGCCGCCGAGUAUCCCAAGCAGCUGAUCCUCUCCAGCCUGCUGCACUGUUGCCAAACGGCUCAGUUGGCCGGAAUACCGCUGACCAAGACCCUGCCAGAGUCGUGCUUCCGCAUCGAGUUGGUGGUUCAGUGCCUGCGGAAUACGCGCAACCCGCAGACCCAGCAGCACGCCCUGCUCUUCCUUACCCACUGCGCCGCCAUGUAUCCGCAGCAGGUGCUGCACAAAAUCGUUGAGAUCUUCACGUUUGUCGGCUCCACAGUGGCGCGACACGAUGACGCCUUCAGCCUGCAUAUCAUCCACAACGUGGUGGAGUCGAUUAUACCCAUUCUUUUGCUGAAAACGGGCCAGAACGAGCUGGUCAUUCCCGUGCUCAAGGUCUUCGCCGACAUCUGCACGGAUGUGCCGGUGCAUCGCCGGCUGCCGCUGUACGCCACUCUAUUCCGAGUCCUGGAGCCCAAGAAGCACCUCUGGCAGUUCCUGUGCAUCGUGUUCGAGAGCCAUGUGCUGCUGGAUCAGAAGGCCUCUACGGACAAAUCCCGUCUAGAGUUUGGCCGCGAGCUGACUCUGAUGUUCGAGGAUCCGGCGGUGGGUCUGGAAACAUGUAUCCGGCUGCUGGAUUACUUAGCCAAACUGCCGGCAAACAAGAGCGGCCCAUCGCCAACGGGCUCCUUGUUCCUGUCCACGGAACAACAGCUCUUCGAUGUGGGUUCCCGGUCCUUCAAGCAGCUGCGCCACUACAAGUAUCUUAUCAUGGAUUUCCUGUCCGGCAUCAGUAGUUGCAACGAGUGGCAGGCGAAGAUGAAACGGCCCGAUCCCACAGAGCUGCUGCCAUACUACCAGGAAUUGAUCAUCAAGACCCUGGCCUACGUUAGUGUGGUCAAUGGAGCCCUGGAAGCUGCCACCGAAACGCCCUCACUGGAAAAGUUCUGGCGUGUGCUGGGGAACCAUGCCCACGAUGUCUUGGACAAUGCCAUCGGACUGCUGGCGCCGGAAUACUUCCUCAGCGUAAUCACCGAGUUAUUGCAGCACGACCUUGUCCACGUCCGCACUAAGGUGCUGGAGCUGCUGGUGACCAAGCUAAGCAAUCCCACAAGCGAUUACUUCCAGCACACACCAGCCGAACACUUUGCAGUCCUCCUGGCUCCGCUGCAGGCGAUCAUCAACGGCAUCCUUGAGGGUGGUGCCGGUAGCGCUCAGCUCGCGCAAUUACAGCAAACGGCCCUGCAUGCCAUGCAGCUUCUGGCGCAACGCCAUGGCCGUGACUUCAUCGAGGAGUGCCGAUCCCUUCUGGCCACUCUCACCAGGAUCACCAAGCGACGGGCAAAUGUGCCCAAGGCGGUGGUGGGCAAUGUUGUGCUCACCCUCGUCGAGAUUUGUGCCAGCCUCAAGGCCCAUGCCCUGGCCCAGCUGCCCAAGUUUGCGCCCCAGCUGACGGAGCUGCUCAAGGAGCAGGUGCAGCACAUGGCCACGCUGAAGCAGGGUCCCGACUAUGUGUGUUCCACCCUUGUCACAGCUUUUCACAAGCUCUUUAAGGCGCUGCCUGCCUUUCUGGGUCCCUACUUGGUGGACAUUAUAGCGGCCUUGGUUCGUCUAUCCGUCCAGCUGGACAGCCCCCUGCUGCUACAGGACAAACGCACGCAGGCCCUGAAGCUACUUCUGGUAGACGUCUGGGCGGCUGUUGCACAGGGCGUGCAGGUGCGCAUUCUGGUGCCCAGUUUCGCCAAGAUCUACAGCUGUUUGAUGGAGCAGCAGGCCUACGAUGAGCUAGGCCAGUUGAUGCAGCAGCUCCUGCUGCAAACCAUCCGGCACAAUACGGCUGCCCAACUGCAGCCGGUGCAGGAUGCGCUCAGCGAACUGUUCUUGCAGGCCCUUGAAUUCCGACUCCAGGUUCGUAGCCGCGGUCUGGAAAGGCAGCAGGUUUCCGAUGUGGAAUCUGCCAUCACGGAAACCUUUGUGACGUGGAUCCUCAAGCUAUCGGAGACUAGCUUCCGACCCAUGUACGCCCGGGUGCACAGGUGGGCGAUGGAGAGCAGCGCCAAGGAAACGCGCCUCACCUAUUUCCUGCUGACCAACCGCAUAGCCGAGGCUCUGAAGUCGCUGUUUGUCCUCUUUGCCAGCGAGUUUGUCGAAGACUCCUCGCAGCUGCUGGCCGAGCACAAUUCGAUAAGUCCCGGUUUCAAAGCUGGACAACCGGAGGACGAUGUGGACCUGUUGAUGGCCAUUUUGGGCACCCUCCAUCACGUGUUCCUGCACUGCAGCGAGGACUUUGUAAACGAGCAUAGGUUCAAUGCGCUGAUGACCCCGCUUGUGGAUCAGCUUGAGAACGACCUGGUGCUGAGCCAUGAGCCUCUCCACCAGGCGCUCAGCAACAGCAUUGCCCAGCUGGCGGUGGCCAGCAACGAUGUGAUGUGGAAGCAGCUCAACAGCCAGGUCCUGCUGAAGACGCGCACUCCCACGCCCGAGGUGCGUAUUCUGGCCUUCAAUAGUUGCGUGGCCAUCGCCCGCAAGUUGGGCGAAAGUUAUGCCACUCUACUUCCGGAAACAGUGCCCUUUAUCGCUGAACUGCUGGAGGAUGAGCACCAGCGCGUUGAAAAGAACACGCGUUCAGCAGUACAGGAGCUGGAAACCAUUCUGGGUGAACCUGUGCAAAAAUAUUUAUAAUAAUAGCAAACUGAGAGGUUCGUUUUUCAAACUGUAUAAAGCUAAAGAAAUAAAUAUAUUUUUAUUUUCGA